AUGGCUGGGGUGGAGUUUGAUGACGGCAUCUUCCUGUCAUCUCUCACACCCACUGAGGCCUCAGCCCCAGGCAGCAGCUGCCCGCCUGCCCACCUCUUCCUUCCCCAGCCAGAGGGGACUUCUGCAGAGCCAGAGCACCAGUCACCAGGGCCACAUGCUGACUCUACCGAUGACCAGAAACUCACAGCUAAGUACCCUCAGAGCAGAGACAAGAUGGGAAGCCGACCAGAAAGAGAUGGCAAAGGGGCCUCCUGCCCAUCCUUCCCUCUUCACAACAGCUCUUCCCCAACUCCCUGGAAGAAUGGAGGGAGCCCCAGCCCCUUGGCUUUCUGCUCCUGCCGCCUGCUUGCUCCCAGCUCCAAAGAACUCCCAUUCCAUCUCCACCCUUUCUAUCCUGCAUACCCACUUCUCCUGCCUCCACCUUACCUGUUCACCUAUGGGACCCUACCUUCUCUCCCAUUUCCUCCCUUCUUCAUGCUGCCCCAAGACACCUCCUAUCCCACCAUGGCUAUGCCCAGCUUGCUGAUGACUGUCAAUGACCCUGGGCCCCACAGUGCCCCUGGGGAGACCCUGCAUCCCUACCCAGGGACCUCCCAAGACCCUGGCCAAACUCAACCCUCCCAGACCAGGAAUCCAGGCCCUGGAGCUGCCAGGCCCUACUCCCCAGGGCCAGAGCGUGCUGGCAAGGCAGCUCCAGCAAAGCGGGCCCCACCGGGCUUCCGGGCGGGCACCACAGCCCUGCCUUACCCGCUGAAGAAAGAGAAUGGCAAAAUCUUGUACGAUUGCAAUGUGUGCGGCAAGAGCUUCGGUCAGCUCUCCAACCUCAAGGUCCAUCUGCGUGUGCACAGUGGGGAGCGCCCGUUCCAGUGUGCCCUGUGCCAGAAGAGUUUCACCCAGCUCGCCCACCUGCAGAAGCACCACCUGGUACAUACUGGGGAGCGGCCCCACAAGUGCCCGAUGUGCCACAAGCGGUUCAGCAGCUCCAGCAACCUCAAGACCCACCUGCGCCUGCACUCAGGGGCCCGGCCCUUCCAGUGCAGUGUCUGCCUGAGUCGCUUCACCCAGCUAGCUCACCUGAAGCUGCACCAUCGGCUGCAUGCCCCACAGCCUUGUGGCCUAGCUCACACCCACCUGUCCCUGGAGUCUCUUGCCUGCCUUGCCCGAUGGCACCAGGGGGAACGAGAUCUUGUGGCAGCUCCAUCAGAGAGGCAGAUGGGCUGGGAUGUGGACAAGGUCAAGAUGACCUUGGUAUCGAAGAGAAAGCAAGGGCAACCAGCCUGA